AAAAGCAUGUUUGAACGUUCUCAAAAGUGCAAGCAGAGAUCGUGAGUUUGUGUAUCAACCAAAUACUUGUUUUUAUCAUCAAGAACAUAUAUAUAGUUUUGGCUACAAAAACACCGCCAUUUCAUCUCCAGUAGUUGAAUAAAGGCAGCAACCAUGAACAACAUUCCAAUACUGUUCCUUCAUGUGUUCAUAUUCGUAAAUUUCCCAUCGACUGAAAGUGCCAAGAUCCUGGCAGUGACAUUCUACCCUUCAUACAGCCAUCAAGUGGGUCUGAAGCCGAUUUGGAGAGAACUCUCCCUCAGAGGACACAACGUGACUUCGAUAACACCCAUCCCUUGGAAAGAUCCGUCUCUUACGAAUCUCACAGAGAUCGAUGUAGGUUUUGUACACAAAAUAGCAGCGGAAUCCAAUCUUAGCACGAACUUGUCCAAGAGUAACAGGCUUAUAAACAACUUCCUGUGGCUUCACAAAUAUGCGACGCGCUUGACGGAAGAACCGAUGAAACGAGAAGACGUACAGAAGGUUAUAAGAAAUCGCAAUGAACAUUUCGAUAUAGUGAUUGUAGAAGGGUUGCUACCGCUUAUAUAUGCUUAUGGUGGAAGGUUCCAUGCUCCAAUCGUAGGAGUUUCAUCCCUAUCACCAUUUCUCCACUCCCAUGACCUAAUGGGCAACCCUACGCACCCCAUUUACCCCGAUCUGUUGACAGUAGCGGUGGAUGACUACAGUUUCACAUACAGACUGAAGGGAUUCCUCUACAACAUUUGGUACAGAGCUCUGUUCUAUUGGUACAUUCUACCGAAGGAAGACAAACUAGCCAGGAAAUACUUUGGAGACGACUUGCCCUACUUGGGUGACAUCUUGAUGAACACCAGCUUGCUUUUGGUCAAUGUUAACCCGGUGAUGCAUAUUCCUAGGCCCAACGUACCCAAUGUUAUAGAGAUCAGCCAGAUGCAUAUAAGAGAUAAGUUAUCGCUACCAAAGGAUCUCCAGGACUUUCUGGAUUCGUCCAAGAAAGGAGCAGUGUACUUCAGUUUGGGUUCCAACAUCCUGAACAGAAAUUUGAGCCCCAACUUCAUAGAGGCUAUUAUAAAAGCUUUCGCAGAACUACCUUACAACAUUUUAUGGAAAAGUGAUGUAGAUUAUGUCCGAAAUAUAUCAAAUAACGUCCUCAUCAGAAAAUGGUUGCCACAGCAAGAUAUUUUGGGACAUCCAAAAGUAAAGGUAUUCGUAACCCAAGGAGGAGUCCAAUCAAUCGAAGAAGCAAUUUACCAUGGAGUCCCAAUGGUCGGGAUACCAUUUCUAGCUGAUCAGCCACAAAAUAUAAAAACACUAUCAGAAAAAGAAAUGGCUGUCCCUCUAAAUUUUGAAACCAUGAUGAAAGACGACCUGAAGAGAGCAAUUGUGGAAGUGGUCGAAAAUGAACAGUACAAAAACAAUAUUGCCGAAGCUGCCAGGAUCCUCAAAGAUCAACCACUGAAGGGAGUGGAUAAGGCUGUGUAUUGGAUUGAGUACGUCAUCAGACACAAAGGAGCGAAACAUCUUCGAAGCCCCGCGGCAGAUAUGCCCUAUUACAAGUACUUCAUGGUAGAUGUCGCCAUAUUCCUUCUGGCUGUAUGCUGUUUCUGCGUUUUCAUUAUUGGUAGAUUAUAUCCGUUACUUUUGAAGAAAAACGAAAAAGUGAAAAUGAACUGAAUGUUUUGUGUAUUCGUUUUUUUACUACACAAUUCACAAUUACUUAUAUUGUAUGAAUUGAAAGGGGUAUAUUUUUAGGGGAGAUUAAUUUUUGGUAAAAAAUUCUCAGUUGUAUGAUUAUAAACCAUGACAAGGAGAAAGUAAACUCCUUGCAUGUACAAUUUGAACUAAUCACAAUCAAAUAUGUUUAUAUUGUUUCUCUGAAAUUGGUACACUUCGGGAAUUAUGAAAGCAUAAAAGCAAAUAAACUGAAGAUACAAGUGUUAAUAAAAACAUUGAAUCAUCACAA